AUGAGCCGACUUCUGCGAACUCUCAUCAUUUCCACGAUCUUGGGUGCCAGUGCCCACUGUCACGAGAGCCCCGGAAUGGCAUAUGGGUUUGACACUAUCGAACCAUCCCCCAACCUCACAUGGACACCAUGCUUCGAUGACUUUACAUGCUCGAGACUGGAGGUCCCCUUGGAUUAUUCCAACACAAGUCUUGGCACGACGUCCAUCGCCUUCAUCAAACUGACUGGCAAGAAUGCAACCAUUGAGUCCCCAAGUAUCGUGCUCAUCCCCGGCGGUCCCGGUGGCUCAGGUGUUGAUCUCAUUCUCGAAAAUUGGUUUCUCGCGGCGCAAGCCUUUGGAGAUCAGUACAACAUCGUCUCCUUUGACCCGCGCGGCGUGAACAACAGCGGGCUGAGUUUUGAUUGCUUCUCAGGCAAUAAGGAAGCGAGAUCAGUCUUUCUUCGGCUACAUAGUACCGGCGCUACCAACGUCUCCUCCGCGUCACUUGAGGAACAGUAUUACUCAAGCUCCAUCUACGGAGAGUGGUGCAACAAUGCUGUCGAGAACGAGUCACCGCAUGGCUACUUUGUGACUACAGCAGCAUCCGCCCGUGAUUUGCUCACGUUCACAGAAGCCGAGGCUGAGCUGGCUGGUCGGUCACCAUCAGAGGCCGAGUUAUGGAGCUAUGGCAUCAGUUACGGUACUGUGGUAGGCGCCACCUUUGCUUCCAUGUUUCCCGACCGAGUCGGAAGGAUGGUACUGGAUGGUGUUUUGGACGCGGAGCAUUAUUACAACAACGACUGGAGGGACAGUGUCGAUCAGAUGGACGAGGCCAUGGGGAAGUUCACGACCAGAAUGGACGCCCUCAUCCUCCAACUUCAGAAUCACCCAGUUCCAAUCAGCGGAGUGCAAAGCCAAGAAUUGCCGGCACUGGUCACCUACUCAGACCUGAAGGCUCUUUUCCUCGAGACGAUCUAUAACCCACCGGCUCUGUUCCCAGUCAUGGCCGACAUCCUGCACAAGCUGGAGCGUGGGGACGCGUCUCCUCUCGUCGGCUUGUUUGACGGGUUGAAUUCGAUAUUCGACGCCCGGCUCGCCAUCAUGUGCGCCGACUCAUAUCCAAACAACAAGCUCACUACUAUUGAGGCCUUCCAGAGCUUUGUGGAGUUCACGAGCUCCGAGAGCAAGUACAUUGGCGACAUUUGGCCCAUUUUCCAGGCCAACAUCCUGUGUAGAUCGUUUCGGCCACAUCUACCAGAUAGCAUGAUGGUACAAGAAUCAAUAAGUGGACUCGGCAACAGGUCUUCGUCCUUCCCCAUCAUGUUUGCGAGCAACACCAUCGACCCCCUGUCGCCUCUGAAAUCGGCACGAGAAAUGUCUUCUCGAUUUGCGGGAUCAGUACUCCUAUUGCAGGAAGCCGUUGGUCAUACCGUCAUCAAUCUUCUAGGGUCAGACUGUUACUUUGGACACGUCCAGGCAUACUUUCAAGGCACAGUGCCACCGUCGAACAUCACGUGCGAGCAGCAGCACAUGCCAUUUGCGUAG